AUGUCGAGGGGUAUGCCGCGGGCUUAUUACCGUGAGGUACAAGAAGAGGUUACAGUACUAGACGAGUGGGAAUUAGAAGAAGCUCCAUAUCAUCAAGAGCCUGACUAUGAUAUCAUCCCUGCUCUUCCGCUACCAGUAGAAAGAUGUGCUUCGAGCGACUCGAUCUCAUCAACCCAAUCAUCCGUCUACUCUGGUCUGGAGGACCUAAGUGAUAUGAUGUGCAAUAUGCCGGAAGAAGUCUUCAAUGGCACUGGGACCAGCAGCACCUCGAGAGUUGACAUUCCAAUGGUCUCCCAUCCGUCGAUUGUCACUGCUAGCGCCCAACCCCUUUCAGCUAUGUCUGCUAGCUCGUCGGAUCCGGCUUCACCUCCGAGCAGUUGGUCCUCUAUCCUAGGAAAACGGAAAACAGAGGAGCCUCCUGACACCUCCUUGUCUUCACGUAAGAGUGCGAGAAUCGGGGAUGCGACUAUUAAGAUUCAUUCAAUCGCUCACGAUCGAAAUCUACAGGCUUAUUUUGAUAGUAAAAACAUUCCCUUUGGGGUACAGUGGCUGAUCGCGAAGCUGGUCACUUAUGAUGUUCUUGCAUACGAGGACAUUAAUAUUCCUGACUUGGAUAAGCUCCGCGGCACAAACCAAGAAGCUGCCCCACGCGUGGCUCAGGUGUUUGCAUGCCAGAACUCCAAGGGUGAGGCAGAAGGAUACUUCGUGAAGGAGAAAGCCGUUCUAUCGCCUUGGAAAGAGCUUGACCGGGAGCACGAACUUGCUUUCGCAAUGGGUGAUAGUUUCGACGGGUUCCAGCGACAGGCCGAUGGUUGGUAUGGGGGGAAAGUGCAUUUUGGUGCAACUUUGAAGGCUAUCGAUAAGAAGACCACAACGCCCGAAUACCGCAUUCAACUCAGUCCGCCGGAGCUUGGGCCCUCGUCGAGACUGGCCCGACAGUAUGGUUCGAAGAAUUUCCUACGCGUGAAGGUACCGAGGAAUAUUCUAAACAAGUCUCAGCAUGGCCUUGUGGAGUUUUUUUCGCAACACUUUCUCCUCUGUGGUCUGGUCUAUCGGGCAUUCUAUGCAAAAGAUGGAACUGUUUUUCUCGUGGCAACGAAUUCUUCGACGGGAUGUGGUCGAAUCCCUUCUCAUGCUCACCCCACACCGCCGUCUCUGGAGGAUUUCCUCGAAUGGCAUAAUCCCCUAUAUUACAAUGCGGCUCAGACUGUGGCCAAAUGGUCCUCGCGGUUUGCAUUGGGACUUUCGAACUCUGUCCCAGGUAUUACCAUCAGCCGGGAUAAUAUCAUCUAUUUGAAAGAAGAUGACCCGGGAGGUCCGGACAUGACAGAUGGCUGCGGAUAUAUAAACAAAAUUGCCUUGAAGGCAUUACGCGAGCUCUUACAAUGGGACACAUUACCGACGGCAAUCCAAUGUAGAAUUGCUGGCGCCAAGGGACUUCUACUCCUGCAUCCUGAUUCAUCGGAAAAUUGCUCCGACGUCCCUCGGGUUUGGUUGCGCCCAUCACAGAUCAAAGUCAAGUAUCCUCCGACUCAAAAACUGUCACCUGGACACUUGACAAUUGAUGUUCUACGGUCGUCUCAUAUGCGCUCCCCCUCCCACCUCGCUGCAGAGACUAUAGUGAAUUUUGCUGAAAAUGGUGUUCCCCACUCAGUAUUUAUUGAUCUCAUGAAGGAAGGUCUGGAUGUUAUUGUCAACAGUUUGCUUGACUGGAAGGGCCCGGACGCCAUGUAUCGCCUAUGGCAUAGUGUUGCCAGAGCCGGUGCCGUGGUUUCAUCCAGAUUGGCUCGUGAAGUUGGCGGAGAGGCUCGGUCAAGAGGUUUCGCAGUCAAAGACGACGACAUUGAAGAUGAUGACGAAGAUGAUCUGAAUGCGGUCAUCGAAAAUCCCCGCUCAGUCGCUUGGUGGGGUGACGAGGUUUCGGGUUGCCCUUCUAGUCUUGAAGAGACUGUAAUGGUCAUGCUUGACUCUGGCUUCACUCCGGACAAUUGCCCAGUCCUCGCUGAGAAGCUUCGCCAUGUUCUUAAGACGAUGGUCGACAAGUAUGUGCAACGAUAUAAAAUCGAGGUGCCUAUGUCUUGUGUGGCAUGGAUUGUGCCAGACCCUUCUGGAACAUUGGCUCCCGACGAGGUGCAGAUUCUCUCGAGGGAUUCGAAAUUUCGCUGUCCUGAUGGAACGGAGUCAAAUGUUGUAUUGGGUGAUGUCCUGCUCACACGACACCCUUGUAAACUGCCGACGGAUACUCAAAAGGUCAGAGCUGUCGAAAAACCGGAACUCAGGCAAUACACAGACGUGAUAGUGUGCUCUGUGCAGGGAACUCGCCGCUUUGCAGACCUUCUUGCUGGAGGCGAUUACGACGGGGACAAGGCAAUUGCCGUUUGGCAGCCCUCCAUUGUGUCGCACUUCAAGAAUGCCAACCUUCGAUAUUCUCAUCCGCCUGACGAUCUCUCCGAGAAUUUCCACAAGAACACCCUGCGAGUCGACACAUUGCUAGAACAACACCAAGGAAGCACAUUCGGCGACCUCAUACCUCACCUGCAGUCAUUUAUGUUGGGAGGACUGCGCGACAUAUCGUCAGUCGGAAAGUACUCAAAUUUACACGACGUGGCGGUGUACACCCUUGGAUAUGCGCACAAGGAAACAAUUCGCUUGGCUUACAUGUUUUGCGAUAUUCUCGAUGGAGCGAAGAGUGGAUUAACCGUUUUACCGGAGGUCGUCAAGAGCGAUACAAAGCUCUACCAAAAGCGCUCCCCGGAGUGGAAAGAAAUCGGGGAGGAGAAACCGGAAACCAACGAAAUCAACGUCCAGCGUCCCAGAGGCAUGACAGAAUUCGUUAUGGAUGCGAUUAUGAGCCACGCCCGGAAAUACCGGGACCUGAAAAUGCAAGAGGUUGAUAGUGCUUUUCGCAAACCGCACAGUCACAGAGAUUCCACUCUCGAGAAGCCAUGGCAGGAUGCCGAGUCAAGGGUGCGGCGAGUGAAGUACAGCAAUGACGAUGCUGCUUUGACAAUGCAAACGGAACUCUCCAAGAUACGCGAACACGUCGAAAAGAUACGUGAAGAACACAAAAAGAACAUUCGUCGUAAUUUCUCUGGCCUUAAAAUUGAACGGCGACAGGACAUUCUUCGCUCCCUCGCUCGUGAUUUCGUUGCUGCCCCAGACCUUUCAUCGUUUCUGUUCUUCUCGUCGGAGGAGGUGGCAAGGCUCAAGGCUUCCUACGCAUAUAUUCAUGAUUGCGCAAACAGUUCUGGUCAAUUCCCCUGGGACGUUGCUAUGCGAGAGCUUGGGAUGAUCAAGGCGAAGAGUUUUGGUCCGUCGAAGACUGUCGCACUUGGUUUCUAUGAGAGGUUUGUAUUGACGCGAUCGGCCUUUCAUUGA